CCUUGCUGGUUUGAAACCCCAGUAUGACACCCCAGUGAAUGAACUGUAAAAUACAAACACAGUGAAGUCAUACCCAGAACAGCUACUUUCUCUGUUACACUUAAAAGUGUUAACGUAUGUGUUUGUGUGAUUUCAGCUCUAUUUAUAACUGCAUGCUAGUCAAAACUGAAAGACUAACAGCUGGCCCUCCCUCUAACACCACUAACUCUUCUGAACCCCCACAACCACCCCGCUUGGCCAGAGACCCUCUGUCCUGGUUAGGGAGAGAACCAGCACAGGUUGCAUUAUCCAGACUGACGCUUAGAGAGGAUACUGACACAACCUGACACAUUGCAGAGAGCAUGUCUCAGUAUUCUCUGAUGUCAACGCAGGAGCGGAAAAAGCAGGCGGCUGCUAUUUGUAGAGAGAUCCAUGCCACUAAUGAACCAGAGAUGGAUCUGGGGAAGAAAGUUAGCGUACCAAAGGAGAUCAUGUUGGAGGAACUUUCCUUAGCUUCAAACAGGGGCUCCCGUCUCUUCAAGAUGCGGCAGAAACGCUCUGAGAAAUUCACUUUUGAAAGCAUUCAGAAUGAAGCCAACUUACAACACAGUAAUAAUGCCAUUUAUCCAGGACCUGGCGAAAUGACAGACAUUUUAAAUAAUGCCAAUGAUCUUGGGAACAACCAGGCACCACAAACAAUAAACCCAGCUCCCAAUCCUGGCAAUAUUGCCCCAGGUUAUCUUGGUCCUUUGAAGGAUGUUCCAACAGAGAAGUUCAACCGCACAGCUAUGCCCAGAGUCUAUCAGUCCCCCUGGGAACAGGCCCUCAUUAAAAACCCCUCUCUGGCUGAUACACUGAUCACCAACAUGCCUGAACCCGAACCCAAACAUGAGAUACCUCAAUAUAAGAGCUUCAACAGGGUGGCUAUUCCAUUCGGUGGCUUUGGCAAGGCACCCAGAGUCCCCGUAAAAUCUCCUGAAGUGGACCUGGGCCUUCCCAGUCCCUUAACCAAAAAACCUGUAGCUGACCCCGUGAUCAAACGGCCUACCUUCAACAGAACGGCCUCAGGCUGGGCUAAUGAGAGCGAGCCCCUGAUACUUCCCAGUGUGCACCUGGAGCCUGUAUCAUCCAUGUCUUGCACAUUUGUCCCAGAGUCCGACGACCUCUGAGCAUCAGGCCUAUCAUUGUUUUUGUGAGCUGCAUUGUCACUGGAAUAAAGGUUGCACUUUCUCUGAAUGUCACUGUUGAAUAGUUGAAUCAGUCAGAUUAAUGAUAUUUCUUUAAUGUAUUGAAAAAACUAAGUAAAUAGUUUAUUGAUUCCAGAAUAGAAUUCUCCCCCCAAAAAUAAGCAUGUUUUGUAACAAAUACUUUAACGAAUUAUACAAAGUAUCUGCUUUUCUUUUUAUAUACAUCUAAUGUACCCCAAACAACUUGAUCGGCUUGCCAAAAUAUAUCAAUGUUGAGAUGUACUGUACAUACAGUAUGUAUAUGGUGACGUAAACACAUUAAUUAAACUAUUUAAUAAAGAAAGUUUUAAAACAUAAA